AUGGGAAUUCUCUGCUGCAAACCCGAGCCCCCGGUCACAGAAGAAGAAAUCGAAGAAUACAAGCGAGAAAGGAGAAUUUACCACAAGCGCAAAUACGGUUCGAUGUACGAUUAUCGUCCCGAUUCUUAUACAACGCAAUUUUACGCCGCACAAGAUCUGGAAGCAUACAGGCGGCUACCUUCGCGCCCGCCUUGGUCUGAUUCGAAUGACAUUCCUAUGACUGAGAAACCGCCCGAGCUUGACGAGACAGUAGAGAUAGAGGAGCCGGAGCCGGAGGAUCCAGAAGGGACUCUUGUUGGAAUCGAUGUUCCGAGUACUGCUACUGAUACGGUGACGGGCUUUGUGGCAGCUUGA